AUGGCUACCGUUGAUAUACCUAGACAACAAAAAGCCGCCGUGAAGGUUGGUGAAGGCGUGGAUGCUAAGGCGCCCGUUCAACAGGUUGAUGUUCAAUCUCCCGGACCUGGUGAAAUUCUCGUCAAAAUCAAUUGGACUGGCCUCUGUGCUUCCGAUAAAUCUCUGAUACACGAUGAAUGGGCGGCUUUUGGCGUUGCAAUGCAACCCGCUACUAAAGGGAUCGCUGGCCAUGAGGGCGCCGGUGUCGUUGUCGCCGUAGGCGGCGAUAUGCACCACAAGUGGAAAGUCGGCGACCGCGCCGGAAUCAAAUGGGUCUGGGGUACUUGUGGCGAAUGCGAAUUCUGCACCAACGGUAGCGACGAGCUCCACUGCCCCAACCAGAAGAAUUCAGGCUUCACUGCGGCAGGCACUUUUCAACAAUAUGCUAUCAGUGAUGGAAGAUACACCACCCGUAUUCCCGAAGGCGUUUCCGAUGAGGAGGCCGGCCCUAUCAUGUGCGGUGGUGUGACAGCGUAUGUUGCUUGCAAGAGGAGCUCUGUUCGCCCUGGCCAAUGGAUUGUUCUUCCCGGAGCAGGAGGCGGGCUUGGCCAUUUCGCCGUUCAAUAUGCCAAGGCCAUGGGCAUGCGAAUCAUCGCCAUCGAUGGAGGUGACGAGAAGCGAGAUCUCUGCAAAAGUCUAGGUGCAGAGGAAUUCAUCGAUUUCACUCAAACCAAAGACAUUGCAGCUGAGAUUGCACGUAUCACCACAUACGGCGCCCAUGGAGUCAUUGUCACUGCUGCCACGAAAGAGGCUUACGCGAGUGCCCCGUCCUUCCUCAGACCAGGUGGCACCGUCGUUGCUGUUGGUCUUCCUAAGGAUCCUACCGUUCUGGCGGGAGCACCUCCGCUAUUAUUGUGCCUGAAGAAAUUAAAUGUUGUGGGCAGUGUAGUCGGUACACUGAAGGAUGUUGAGGAAGCCCUAGAUUUCACAUCAAGGGGCCUAGUGCAUCCCAUCCUGACCAAGGGAACCCUCGAGGACGUGGACAAAUAUAUGGAUCUGAUGAUUGCCGGUAAGCUCCCAGGCAGAGCUGUACUUAAAGUAUCGUGA